AUGAGGUUUCAAGCAUUGCUACCCUUUUUUGGAUGUGCCCUGGCAGAUUGCCGGGGAGAUUCUGACUACCGCAUGGUCCACAACUGGUGGACUGAUGCUGGCGAUGGAAAGAAUCAGAUGUUCGAAUCGUUUUUGACCCUUCAUCUACCAGACCAUGACAUAGAUUCCUGGGAUGUCACUGUCCAUUUUAAGCACUCUGUCGUUGGCGUGAAUGUUUGGGAUGCGGAUGCCGCACCUGUCGAUUCGGACUCUACGAUCUGGCGUUUUACCCCCAAGUCUUGGGAUGCGCAUCUCAAUGCCAACACUCAUUUCGAAUUCAAAUUUCAGGGGCGACAGUGGGAAGAUUACGAGAUCGGUGAAAUCUGGAAGAGCGAGUUCUGCUCUCCAGAUGGUGUCAACAACGGAGGUGGAGGAACCACAACUACUCAAGGAACAACCAGAACAACUCGAACGACGACAACGGGCGGACCCGAUGUGACACCAGACCCAGGUGAAGUAACCACAACCAAGCCAAACUCUUUGUGUGGCGGACCGUCUGGCGUGCGAGGUGGUCCGGAACAGUCAAUCGUCGAUUUCAAAAAGGGCAGCUAUGGCAAAUAUGAUAUCAAUGAAGUCCUUCACAAGUCGAUCCUCUUUUACGAAGCUCAGCGAUGCGGAAAGAACUCGCCUUUCAAUCGAGUAUUGUGGCGAGGAGACUCCGGCAUGAAGGAUGGAUGCGACGUGGGACACAAUCUUGAUGGAGGCUGGUUUGACGCUGGUGAUCACGUAAAAUUCGGCUUUCCCAUGGCUUUUACAACGACCCUUCUUGGUUGGGGAAUGAUCGAUUACAAGGCUGAGUAUGAGCAUGCAGGAGAGUACAUUAAUGCAUUAAAUAUGCUUCGAUGGCCACUGGAGUUCUUUAUCCGGGCUCAUACAGGCCCCAAUGAAUUCUACGGACAAGUCGGUGAUGGCCACGCCGACCAUGGGUUCUGGGGACGACCCGAAGAUAUGACCAUGAAUCGACCUGCUUUCAAAGUGACCCGCAACUGCCCCGGUUCUGACUUGGUUGGCGAGACUGCCGCUGCUCUUGCGACUGGCUACAUGAUCUUCAAGGAUAUUGAUAGCGCUUUUGCUAAUGAAUGCCUUUCGCAUGCAAAGGAACUUUAUGAUUUUGCCUACAACCACAGGGGAAAAUACUCUGACUGUAUUCCAGCUGGCGACUUUUACAACAGCUGGGGCGGCUACAACGAUGAGCUUGCAUGGGGCGCUGCUUGGCUCUACCGCGCUACAGGAGAUGAGUCUUACCUUGCCAAGGCGAAUGAAUUUUACACAUCCGGCCUUGGAAACAUGUUCUCCUGGGAUGACAAGACUGCUGGAACCGCUCUGCUCCUCGCGCAGUUAACCUCGAACUCAAAAUUCAUCAACGAUUUCAACGUCUUCGCCAACUACAUCAAGAACCAAGCAACAAAAACACCAAAGGGCCUUGUUUGGCUAUCUCAAUGGGGUUCCAACCGAUACGCUGCCAACGUUGCUUUCUUGCUGAUGCACACAAAUAAGGUUGCUCGAUUCUCCGAUGGCCGUGCUAAUUUGGCGUUUGGAAAGGGACAGAUUGAUUACAUGCUUGGCGAUUCGGGACGAUCCUUCGUCGUUGGAUUCGGAAACAACCCACCAGAGCGGCCACAUCAUCGGUCAAGCUCCUGCCCACCAGUCCCUCAAGAUUGCAACAACGGCGCUGGCAACCCCGGUCCAAACCCGAUGGUCCUCUACGGUGCUCUCGUCGGCGGCCCUGACCAAUGGGACAACUAUGUUGAUGACCGAAACGACUAUGUCGCCAAUGAAGUUGCUACGGACUACAACGCUGGAUUCCAAUCUGCUCUUGUUGCUUACAUUUCUGAUUACAUGUAA